AUGUUGUCCCGUACUGCCGUUCGUGCUUACAGCUCCGUACCAAAUGGUAUCAAGAUUUCAACAAAGGAGUCCGUCAAUGGCUUGACCAAACUUCAUGUCGUUGUUUCAAAUGCAGGUGCCAAAGACGGUAAAUUUGGUACAUCACAUUUAUUAUCGAAAUUUGCAUUCUUAAACAACGGUGCCAAGUCAGCAUUGCGUUUUACUAGAGAAUCUGAAUUAUUGGGUGGACACUUUAAAGGACAUGUCAGAAGAGAUGCUUUGGUUUUGAAAACUAAAUUUUUAAAACAAGACUUGCCAUACUAUGUUGAAGCUUUAGGAAAUGUUCUUUCAAACACCCAAUUCACUCCACAUGAAUUCGAAGAAGUUGUUUUACCAUCUGCUCUUGCCGAAGCUAGAGCUGCGCAAUCGAACUCACAUUUCACUGGAUUGGAAAAAUUGCACGAAAUCACAUUCAGAAGAGGUUUGGGUAACCCAUUGUAUUACAGCGAAUCCACUCCUAUUGAGGUUGAAGAAUUGGCACAAUUUGCUCAAGAUAAUUUUACAGGAGAAAACAUUCAAAUAGUGGCCCAAGGUGCUGAUGAAGCCGAUUUGACUAAAUUUGUCGAAGAAUCUGCAUUCUGUUACUUGCCAAAAGGUUCAAAAGCACAAGCUGCUACACCAGAAUUCCACAAGAACGCCGAAGCCAGAAUACCAGCUACUGGAAAAUCCACAGCUUUGAUUGGUUUCCCAGUCAAGCCAGCUGAUUUCGGUAGAUACGAAGUGUUGUCAGCCGCCAUUGGUACCUCUACUUUACCAACAUCUGUUGCUCCAUUGUUUAAGAUUCCAGGUGCCACUUCACACUUGUACAAAUACAAAGAUGCUGGUUUAUUUGUCAUUUCAGUUUCUGGUAAGGCUAGUGAUGUUGCUCAAGGUAUCAGACAAGCCAAGAAGGUUGCUGAAUCAGUUACUUCAAGUGAUUUGAGCAAAGCUGUUAAAUCUGCUGAAUUGUCUAUUGCUUUACAAUCAAAGGUUGCGCACCCAUUAGAAUUUAAACCAACUGCAGCUGAUGCUCCUGUCAAGGACUUUAAUUACGUCGCCGUUGGUGAUUUGAAUGUUUUGCCAUUCGCUUCGGAGUUAUAG